GAAUGGCACUACGGGAAGCAGCGGUAGUGUCGACCGGAAAUGACGUCAACAUCAUGACAAAGUGCAUAUGUAGUGUCGUCCUGGGCGGAUCUGCAUACUGGAUAUUUGGAUACGCUCUAAGUUUUGGGAGGGAUUACGGCACGAACCCGUUUUGCGGCUGGGGAUCGUUCUUCGUCACCGCCGCUGACGUCACACUCCAGCCCUGGCAGUACGCACACUUUCUGCACCACCUGUCGUACGUUACCAUGGCAACGGGGAUCGUGUCAGGCGCCAUGGCGGGAAAAACGAGGCUAAAGGCGCACGUGGUUUACUGCAUCGUCAAUGUUCUAUUCUUGGCAUUUCCUAUGCACUGGGUCUGGGGCCACAACGGCUGGCUUAAACAACUAGGUGUGUUAGACGCGUCAGGUUCAGGUCCUGUACACCUGAUCGGAGGAACACAUAGUCUCGUACUUGCCUUAUUCACGCUGCGUGCCAGGCUGAAGAAGUCCAACCCAGAAAAUCAACCACCCAGGGAGUCCCCGCUAAAACUGCUACUUGGAACAUGUCUGCUUUGGUGCGGAUGUCAAGGUCUGGCCAUAGGUAGUGCGUUUGGCGUCACUGGAUCAAAAUGGAAGCUGGCUACGAGAGCUGUCGUCAAUACGUUCAUCUCUUCUUCAACUGGAGCCAUCGUUUCCAUCCUUCUAAGUUAUUAUAUCAACAAGGGCAAGUUAAAAACGGGAGACUUGGCGAGAGGAAUAUUGGGGUCACUAGUCGGCGUUUCAGGUAUUUGCCGCGUCACCCAUCCGUGGGCGGCGAUGAUAAUAGGCGGAGUCAGCGGCGUUCUAGUGUACUUUGUACCUGUAGGAUUGACCAAACUGAAGGUCGAUGACCCCAUAGAUGGCGUGGCGGUCCACGGCGCAUGCGGACUGUGGGGGGUGAUGUCCGUGGGUAUAUUUGGGGUGUUAGCACUGGAGGGACCAACCAACACUUACCAGGGGAUGAUAGAGGGAGGAGGGUUUUAUCUGUUAGGAGUGCAGACGUUGGAAGCCGUCAUCCUCAUUCUCUGGAGUGGCGUCACUUCCGCCGCAAUAUUCAAAGUCAUUGACGUCACCAUCGGGCUGAGGGUGACCCCGGAAGUGGAAGAGGGAGGGCUUGACCUGUACGAGCACGGUAUAGGAGAACUACUAGAUGAGCCAUCGGAGAAGAUGAAGAAGAAGAAGAAGGAAGAGGAGAAGGAGGAGGAGGAGGAACUGGAUGGAGAAAAGAAAUAUGCGGAGGACACUAACUCGGAAGGCAGCCAGGUGAAAAGUAAAAAGUUAGCAAUCAAAACUGACUUAGUGCGUACGAAAGACGACGCCAAAGUUUCGUACGUCAACGAAAAGGUUAUUUCAUCAACACCAACACCUGACGUCAGAGUUGGAACGAAUUCCAGAGACGUCCCCACCUCGAGGGAACAUAUUACCUUACAGCCGGUCAGCUCUUCUGGAUAUGCCGCGGGGAUGGGAAAGAUUUCCCGUAGAGGUUCUAACGCCAGUGCAUCCUCUUUGGAAGACCGAGAAAAAUAUUCCUCAAAACAUGACCUUGAGGAUGGAGCAAUUUCUAAGAAAAUCUCAAAAGCCAGGAAAGAGAGUGGCUACGACUCUGAAACGAUUCCCAAGACUGUCUCAGAAACGAAAGACAACAGUUACGACUCAGGCCAUGGUAGUGAAGACGACACAACUAAGAGGGACAGACGUCGUCUUAGAAGAAUUAAAGGAUCCUUUUCCAAAGCUUGCAGUAUUCUGUUUUCAAACGAAAACACCUUGUCGAGUAUUCCAGAGGCAUCAACUGGUAGUGAGAUGGACGAAGCUAGCGACGGAGAUGUUCGGAAGUCUAUCUUAAAGUCCAUCGUAGACAGAAAAGCCAGGUCGUUGGAGAGAAGAGCGAAAGUUUUGCGGUUCCUGGAAGGAGAGAAUGUGACGUAUCCGGCAACGGACACUUUCCCUCGCGUUUCUAGAGGUCAAACUAUGACCUUCAUGUUUCAUGACUCUGAAUAGUGGCAGAAGAAUGUACUGAUGGAAUUUUGCCAAGAGCUGUUGAACCUCCUCAUUCAAGUUGUCUGUUUUCAGGAUCUAGUAAUAUGUGCAUAUAACGUAACCAAUUUUGAACCAUUUAAUGAAAAGGAUAAUGGUCAA